UGUGUUCAGCUGUCCUCAUCCUCACAGAACUAGCAGCUAGGAGCCCUGCGCUCAGCCGACCCUCCAACCUGCAUCAGCCUACGCUGCCCCCGGGGAGACUAUGGAGCUGGGGGCUCCAUUGGUCCUGCUGCUGGCCACAGUUUGGCAUGGUCAUGGGGCCCCUGUCAUCGAGCCCAGUGGCCCAGUGUUGGUUGUAGAGCCUGGCGCAACGGUGACGCUAAGAUGUAUGGGCAACGGCAGUGUGGAAUGGGACGGCCCCAUCUCUCCCUACUGGACCCUGGACCCUGAAUCUCCCGGAAGCAUCCUGACCACAAGAAAUGCCACCUUCAAAAACACGGGGAUCUAUCGUUGUACUGAGCUGGACGAUCCCCUGGGGGGCAGUACUACCAUCCACUUGUAUGUCAAAGAUCCAGUCCGGCCCUGGAAUUCGCUAGCACAGAAGGUGACAGCGAUUGAGGGCCAGGAAGCUGUGUUGCCCUGCCUGAUCACCGACCCCGCACUGCAGUCCCAUGUCUCUCUAGUGCGAGCCAGGGGCAAGCCGGUCUCACGCAGAACAACCUACUCCUUCUCCCCGUGGCAAGGGUUCAUCAUCCACAAGGUGAAGUUUAUUGACAGCGAUUACUAUCAGUGCAAAGCUAUGGUGAAUGGUAAGGAAUCCCUCUCCGUCAGCAUCCAACUUAAAGUGGAAAAAGUCCCCUCAGGGCCCCCAUAUGUGCAAUUGGAGCCUACGGAGCUGGUGCGGAUUCGCGGGGAGGCUGCCAAGAUUGUGUGCUCUGCCACUAACAUGGAGCCCGAAUUUAAUGUUUUUCUCAAACGUGGAGACACCAAGCUUGAAAUCCCCAUAAGCGGCGACUUCCAAAAUGACCGUUAUAAAAAAGUCCAGACCCUCAGCCUCAAUGCCGUGGACUUCCAAGAUGCUGGCAAAUACUCCUGUGUGGCCAGCAAUGAUUUCGGCACACACACAUCCUCCAUGAUCUUCCAGGUGGUGGAGAGCGCCUAUUUAAACCUGACCUCCGAGCAAAGCCUCUUCCAGGAGGUACCUGUGGGUGAGAGCCUCGCCCUCACAGUCAAUGUAGACGCCUACCCUGGCCUCCAGAGUUAUAACUGGACUUACCUGGGGCCAUUCUUUGGAGAUCAGCACAGCCUUGAUUUUAUCACCCAAAGGACCACCACAUACAGCUACACAUCCACGCUCAUCCUGAACCGUGUAAAGCCCCUGGAGGCUGGCCAAUACUCCUUCACGGUCCAUAACAAGGCAGGCUGGAACAAUGUGACCUUUGAACUUACCCUGCAAUAUCUCCCAGAGGUCAGUGUUUCGUGGAUCGCUGUGAAUGACUCUAAUGUCCUGCUCUGUCAUGUCUCUGGGUUCCCUCAGCCCAAAGUGAUGUGGAUACAGUGCAGGGGUCACACUGACAGGUGUGAUGAGGCCCAGGCCUUGCAGGUUUGGAGUGAUGUUCCCUCCAAAGUCCUGAGUCAGGAGCCCUUCCACAAAGUGACCAUUCAGAACCAGCUGCCCACUGGGGCCUUGAAACACAACACAAGUUAUAUUUGCAGGGCCCACAACGAUGUGGGGAACAGCUCCCAGGCCUUCAGGGCGGUCUCUUCAGAAGAAAUCAGAACGCAGCUCCCCGAUGAGUACCUGUUCACUCCGGUGGUGGUAGCCUGUAUGUCUGUCAUGUCUCUACUGCUGCUACUGCUGCUGCUGCUCCUAUACAAGUACAAGCAGAAGCCUAAGUACCAGGUGCGCUGGAAGAUCAUUGAGAGCUACGAAGGCAACAACUACACCUUCAUCGACCCCACCCAGCUGCCCUACAAUGAGAAGUGGGAGUUCCCCCGGAACAACCUGCAGUUUGGUAAGACGCUCGGAGCUGGCGCCUUUGGGAAGGUGGUGGAGGCCACAGCCUUUGGUCUAGGCAAAGAAGAUGCCGUGCUGAAGGUGGCUGUGAAGAUGCUGAAGUCCACGGCUCAUGCUGAUGAGAAGGAGGCCCUGAUGUCAGAACUGAAGAUCAUGAGUCACCUGGGACAGCAUGCGAAUAUAGUCAACCUCUUGGGCGCCUGCACGCAUGGAGGGCCAGUGCUGGUCAUCACUGAAUACUGUUGCUAUGGCGACCUACUCAACUUCCUGCGACGGAAAGCUGAGGCCAUGCUGGGACCCAGCCUGAGUCCUGGUCAGGAUCCUGAGGGGGACUCCGGCUACAAGAACAUCCACCUGGAGAAGAAAUACGUGCGCAGGGACAGUGGCUUCUCCAGUCAGGGCGUAGACACCUAUGUGGAGAUGAGGCCUGUCUCUACGUCUUCAAAUGACUCCUUCUUUGAACAAGAUCUGGACAAAGAGGCCAGCCGGCCACUGGAGCUCUGGGACCUUCUCCACUUCUCCAGCCAAGUGGCUCAGGGCAUGGCUUUCCUGGCUUCUAAAAAUUGCAUCCACCGGGAUGUAGCAGCUCGAAACGUACUGUUGACCAGUGGACACGUGGCCAAGAUUGGGGACUUUGGGCUGGCGAGGGACAUCAUGAAUGAUUCCAACUAUGUCGUCAAGGGCAAUGCCCGCCUGCCUGUCAAGUGGAUGGCCCCAGAGAGCAUCUUCGAUUGCGUCUACACAGUUCAGAGUGAUGUGUGGUCCUACGGAAUCCUCCUCUGGGAGAUUUUCUCACUUGGACUGAAUCCCUAUCCAGGCAUCCUGGUGAACAGCAAGUUCUACAAACUGGUGAAGGAUGGAUACCAAAUGGCCCAGCCUGUAUUUGCGCCAAAGAACAUAUACAGCAUCAUGCAGUCCUGCUGGGACCUGGAGCCUACCAAGAGACCCACCUUCCAGCAGAUCUGUUUCCUCCUUCAGGAGCAGGCCCAACAGGACAGGAACGAGCAGGACUAUGCUAACCUGCCAAGCAGCAGCAGCGGCAGCGGCAGUGACAGAGGUGGCGGCGGCGGCGGCAGCAGCAGCAGCAGCAGCAGCAGCAGCGAGCCAGAGGAGAGCUCCAGUGAGCACCUGGCCUGCUGUGAGCCAGGGGAUGUCGCCCAGCCCCUGCUACAGCCCAACAAUUACCAGUUCUGCUAAAGUGGGGCAGUGGAGUGCUGCUGCUCCCAACUUCCCAGCUCUACCUCCUCCAUAGACGGGCGACAUGGGGAGAACAUAUGAACUUUGUCCUCAGCUUGGCCCAGCUCUGAAACUUCAGAACCUGAGGGGUCUUGGGGAUGUCAGAGGCUCCCAUUUCCAGAGCCUGGGCCAUCACUGCCAAUGGGGUUUCACAGUGCUAGCCUAUAUUUACUAUGCCAAUUCAUGCACCCCUAGUUCACUAUCUUCAUCCUGUUCCCAACUCUCUUGUGUUUCAAUGGAAAGACUGACUUUAUGUCUCAGAAAGACAAGGCUCCCAAGGCUGUAGGUAAGCAGAGGGCCUGCCUCCCUGCCAUGCUCAAAGACUACUGGUUUCUUGAGGCAGGAUGGCUCCUUCCUAAGCUCCCAGGACUGGUCUCUACUCUUGACCUUUACUCUCUAUAGUCCCACCUCAUCCAGGAUAAUGUACUGCUAGAAUGAGCCAAGUGGCAGCUAAAAGUGAGGGGUGUUCUAUCUAUACCCUGUUAUUCUAAGCUAGAAGGCAUGGGGCCUUGGUGCAAGGCUGGACACACCAAGCAACUACUGCAUGCUCUUCUCCAAGUGAUUUGUCCUCAUUAACAGUCAACAUUAAACUAACAGCAUUAACA